AUGAGAGAAUCCUUGAAAAGAUCUGAUGACACAAAGCAAAGCCUGAAACAAGAAAUUGAGGAUUGGGACAUGAACAGUAUUUUUAAUGAAAUUUCUAAAAACAUUUUAAUUGAGUGCCAGGUGCCAUCUCCCAAAGUUGUGAUACUUAGUCCUGGAAAUAACCCAAAUUGUGAUGCAAAUGUUCAUAAUGCAUGUGAUUUAUUUUACAAUGAUAUAGGAAUAUGUAAUACUGGAUGUUUAGACAUAGCUUGCAACCAAGCAAUUUUUUGUAGGUUGAUAUUAUAUAAAGAAAAAAAUAAAGAUGCAAGGCCUCUGUUGAGUCAAUGGCAUAUGUCAAAAGAUAUAUGUGUUGCGCUAAUAAACAUUUUUUUAGGUUAUGGUAUUGCUAAUAUGGCUGCUACUAGUCGAGUUUUAGAAUUAAUUUGGGUCACUAUUGGCAUCACAAUCUGCAAGUAUUUGUGUAACAAAAAUCAAAAAUUGGAUGAUAUUGAAAAUAGAAACUAUGAAAUGCAAAUGAAAAAUCUUGCUGCAUUUGCACCUCUCUUUCCAGUUGCUGGUAAAAUUAACUAUUCUAGCUCAGCAACCUACUUCUUAGCUUAUGUUGAUGAAGAUCCACAUCUACAAGAGCAUGAAAUUUUUAUGAAUGCAUCAGAAAUGACAUUGGCAGGGUUUUAUAGUAUAUAUACAUGUUAUGAUCUUGUAGUAGCUCAUCUUCAAGAAAUUUUGUGUCAGGAUGUACACAAAACUGAACCAAGAAAUACAGAGGGUUGCAGAAAAUAUAAUGUAGUAGUACAUAAACUUAUUUCACUAUCAGAAUAUCAGAAAAAAGAACUGGUAAAAAAUAAAAGUCUACAAAAUAAUCAGGUUGGAAAUAACAUUGUAAGUACUAAACAAUUAUAUGAACAAAUAGGCACAAAGUGCCAAUGUAGGGUUAUGAAUGAUAAUGAAAAAAAACUUCUUGAGAAUUUACUUAAAUAUGAUAACUUCUCUGAGGAUAAAGCCAUUGAAACUUUAAGGCAACUUCAAGAACAAAGCAAUGACUAG